UAAGAAUUACUGUUCCGAAUAAUCGACUUGAUCUGCUAUCAACACUCCUCCCUGGCAUGCGCACUUCCUCAAUUUUACAACAGCAAUAUGGUACCUCCAGUUGUAGUGUCGCCUGUCAUCAAGACGGCAAGGUGGUCAUUCUUGCUCAUUGGCAUGUUCUAUGGCAAACAGAGAUAUGACUAUCUGAAGCCAAGAGCUGAGGAAGAGAGGCGUGUUGAGGAAGCAGAGAAGAAGAUACGAGAGGAACAGGAAAAAAUAGCCAAAGCACUUGCGGAAGCCUCUGAAGACACUAUCCUGAAAUGAACUUAUGGAUCUACUCUGUCAUGUUAGAAGAAGAAGAAUUGAAUGAUAAACAUAAUUAUUUGUAUGUAUUACAGAAUUCUUCUCUGGUAUAUCUGUUUAGAUGGUAAUGUGCUUACAAUUAUUAGUAUAAUACUAACAACUUCCAGUACUCUCCAAACCCAUCCAAAAUGUGUUUUGACAUCCAAAUUCAACCAGAUGUCGAAUUUCUUUUACCCAGAUGUUUCACAAAUUUACUCUGUGAAACAUUUUUGUAUCAUUUUAAUCUCAAAUCGGAAAACAUUUGUCUAUACCCUUGUGUAUUCUACUGUCUAAAUGGAGAGGAAUAAAUAGUAAAGCUAACUGUCUCGUUCCCAGGUGUAUACUGUAUGUCUGGGACUGUCGCCCUGCCCUUCAAUGAUAGGAGGUAGGACUAGGUUGUAAUCCAGGCCUAGUUUAGCAUAAAUCCCAGGAUUCAGGUCAUAGGCAAUCUAAGAAAGUGCUGAGUCAACACUACUGCCACACACUCUUCUGCCUAGCUUCAUCCAUGGAGAUAGAUUGAGGACUCUAGUGCCGAAAUGCAGACGCCAUUUUGGGACACAUAAAUGAUGCGUCUAAGUGUAUGGGUUUAACACAGAAUAGUCAUCUACCUGGCCAAUUUGUGAUUACAUUCAUGAAUAUUUGACAUGCACAUAUAACAAAAUGCUUUCAAUUAUAGAAAAAGUAACUUGUUCUUGCAUUUCUAUCAGUAUGCUGCUGGGCCAGGGGUAACUUAGAUACUUUGACCCAACCUCUGGCCAUAUGCAUACAAACAAUAGGAUAUUUUACAAAUUAGGUUUCCAGUUAUAUGAAACUAACAAGAUACCAUUAGACAAAAUGUAUCCUUUAAAAAUGUAUUUGCUUUAUAUUGGUAAUUGUAGAUAGCACAUACAGAGCUUCAGAAUUCUGCUCAUAUUUACAUGCAAAUAUUUGUAACAGCAAAUUGGGGAAUAAAAUGUUAGUUGCAAUUUUUAAUGGUGUGAUAUUGGAAAGAUUAAGCAAAAAUAAUUGCUGCUUCUAAUAAAUGGGUACUUGAUA